GGCCCUGUCUUUAUCACUUGCCCUAAAUAACAAACAUAAGACCAUUUAUUGCAUUACCCUCAAUCUCUUUAAAAGUGCAGUGCUUGUUUUGUAUCCGUGGUAUAAAUAGUCUAAAAUGCACCUAUAAGCUGUCCCUCAAGUACUUUUGUCUGCUUUUUUACAUUUUUCUUUUCAAGUUUUCCAUUCAGUUCUUAUUUAUCAGAGCAAUGUCUUUGAAAAUUGUAUUUUUGUGUACCAUGCCUUAUGGUUAUAAAAAACAAAACCAGAUCUUGGCAGCAUCUGUAUUCAAAAUAUAUUAUCAGUUAAAACUUUCAUCGUCCAUGUGUGCUUUAUACUUUAUAGAUCAUCUGUUGAGACAGCCUAAUUUACUCUUUUGAUGUAAAGAGAACACAGACGCAGACUAUAACAUUGUGUCUGCCGCACAGGUCCCUCAUAAUGUUCAAGUAUAUGAGCUUUUAACUGCGUUAAUGGACUGGAUCUCUGAUGUGGAGAUUAGCAAUCCUAAAUCAGAAGAGAAUAGAAGCAGAGGGAAAUCCUUGUGCAUAAAUCAAUUGCCUGCAAACUAUGCUCAGGAAAAGUGUGCCAAGUCAACUAUGGCUUCAACCCUACGAAGACUUGGUGAAGAAACAUUCAAAGGAGUGACGCAUAAACCCACAGAGGAGGCCACAGACAACAAAAUUAAGCAUGCAUCAUUCUAUAAAAGCAGUAACUUACCACUGAGAUUCUUAUCAACUUUAGUAUGAUUUUUCAUCUGGUAAAUGUCCUAUUUUCUGUUAAAGCCCUUUUUGCAUACACACUUUUCAAUUUUACUCUACAGUGGUUAGCUGUUUAGUUGUAAUAUUUGUGUGUAGGCAGCUAUCUCAGGUCAUUUUGCCUGAUCAUGUGCUUUCAGAA